GAGCUAAUGCGUGCAAACUACGGUAGUAAAAACACAGAGUCCAUGACCUCAGUGUGAACCAAGAUGGCCCACACACUUCUUAUUCCCAUAGUGACGACUUCUUAGAUCCACGGUGACACUUCUCAGACAGGACAGUCCGGUCACAGACAAAGGCUCUUUUUAUUCUCACAUCUUUGAUCCGGUUAGUUUUGGUUUUACCCUCCAGUUACUACAUUCUGUCGUCAUCACAUGGGUGAGGAGGAGCUGCAGCAAUCCUACACUGUACAUUUACUACCAUGUACCAAGUAAAGUGCUGAUUAUUCUUAAAUUCACGACAGAGAGCCGGUGAAGCAGAGAACAGUGACGGAAUAAAAGACAACAGCAGAUCGACACUCAGCUCUCAUGGCUGCCUUUCUGUUCCUGUUGUUCCUUCUGUCUGAAGCAGCUUCUGAUUUUAUCGUGGUACCAGUGCACCCUGGAGAGGAUGCCAUUCUGCCAUGCAGGGCUGCUGACGUCUCCAUCAGAGCUGUAGAGUGGACCAGACCUGACCUGGACCCACCAGAAUACGUCCUCUUCUACAGAGAUGGACACUUGGACACAACCCACCUGCAUCCAUCCUAUAAGGACAGGGUGGACCUGGUGGACAGAGAGCUGAAGGACGGAGAUGUGUCUUUAAUUCUGAAGAAUGUGCGGAGACAGGACAGAGGAACAUACGAGUGUCGAGUAGCAUCAGGUGGUUUCACACAUACAAAGAGAGCAAUCCUUGACUCUGAGCCAAUCAGAACCAUCCGACUGCAGAUUACCGAUUCAAACAGUGGACACGACAACAAUGAAAACUCCACUCCUGUAGGCCGAUACGUUGGAUUGGGAGUAGGUUUUGCACUGCUUUUUUUAACUGGACAGUUAAUUCUGGACAGAUGUCUAUUUGCACAAUAUAGACUAUGUUGAUUUGCACCGGUCCGCCACACAAGGCUCAUUUAAGGCGGGCACUUUAAACGUACAUUUUUAUAUUUUCUCUACUGUAUUUAUGUAUUGUAUUGUAUUUUUAUUUAUUGUAUUGUAUUUAUUCUCUUGAUGCUUUAUGCUUAUGAUCUUUUUAUGGACAUUAACGCGGGUCUGAGCUCAGUAAUUUCCAUUUUUAUGCAUGAAAUACACUUGACUUGAUAUUAAUAAGUAUGAGAUUAUUAUCUUGAUUAUUGGCAUAAGUGAAUGCCAUGAUGGCAAAGGCGUCUGGACUUUUUUGAAAACAAAUAUUUUGCCCAGUGAAUAAGUUAUAAUGCAUAUUUUUAUAUUUAUAUAUUUUAUAUUUU